CACCAAUUCAUGAUUCGUGCGUUUCAGAAAUCCAGCAAACUGCCUGCGAACGCUCCCCAGGUCCUCCGAGACUCUCCGUGGGAAGCAUGCGCAUCCUUGUGUCGCUGCUGGCGAACUCAUUGCUGGCGUCCGUUGCUGAACGCUUCAGGCUGGCUCCAGCUCAGCACGGGUCAGUCGCCGUCGCAGUGGGCCAGCGCCGCCGGCAGCCGCCCGGGGGCCGUGGCCGUGGUGGCUUCCUGCCGCCGACAGCCGACGUCGGAGCCCCGCGCGUCGUGCAGAGCAGCGGAUCGCGCCCCGCCGCGCUGGUGCAGGUCCCGAGCUCCCGGCACCUGCACACCGUCACCGGUCCGGGGGCCCGGCAUGCAGAGCGGACCGACGAUGCCAGCAGGGGGGGGCCGCACGGGCCGCGAGGGAGGGCCGGCCGCGAGGCCAUGCCCAACGCCAUGGGCGAGCGGAGGGCCGUGCAGGUGCAGGGAUCCGCCAUGGGGCCGCAGUGGCCCUCGGAAGGGGUGGCGGUCACGCUGUGCUUCAGGCCGUGGGCGAGCGGAAGGCUGCCUGUGCAGGACCGGGGCGCGCAGGUCCGCCCGAGCGCUGCAGAGGCCGUCGGGGAUGGCGGCGGCGAGGCCGUCCUUCGGGCCGUGGGCGAGCUGAGGGCUGCGCUAGACGACGCGGAUGCGAAAGUCCUCCAGAAUGCCGCAGAAGGAGGAAGGAGGAGGAAGGAGGAGGAAGGAGGAGAGCUGCUCUACGAGGCUCGGCUGGGGGACGGCGGAGUACCGCAGACAAGCUGGGCCUGGCAGCGAUCGAGGACUGCCUCCCCGAGUUGCCGAAGGUGGUGCUUCGUGAGCAUGAUCUGGAUGCUGCAUCGACCGUGUCAGAUCGACGUACUCCCUUGAGUGUGAUGACGCAACAGGCUCUCGGAGGAGCUGUGAAGUCGGCAUUUGCUGUCCCAUCCGAUCCGCCUGCCAGGGGACGUGUUCCAACACCUCGAGCGGGCAAAAGACAAACUAACCGAAAUUGUGGCAGCAUGUCCCCCGCAUCCGCGACGUCGAGGACGCAACGAAUGCGCUUCACGCGGUGACGGAAGACAGCUGCAUGAUCAACUUUGAGACAGGGUGGCGGCCCCUUACCUGUGAAGUGGCUGGCAGUCGAGACCCCAAGGCUGCAUGGUGAGCGCAGGCUCACACGAGCUGCAAGCCCACAGGUGCCCCGACAGAGGUUAGGAGGCUGGGCGAGGGCUGCUAAAACCGUGGCUGCUAAAACGGCCCCCCCGGCAGGAAAAGACAACGUCCCGGAAUGAGGCGCGGCACGCGAAACAGUCAACGGGCUCCUUCCAGGAGGGACGACGACAGCUUCCCGGAGGUCGAUCUUAGCAGCUACGGAUUUAGCAGCCCUUGCCCGGCUUCCGAGAGGUGCCUGCCCAGGUGAGAAGUUCAAUGUGACGGCGGCCGCGGCCGGCAGCGGCAGGGGCAGCGCCCGUCCGCCCGCAGACGACGCCUGGCUCCUGCUGCGCAGAGGAGGGGCAGACACGCCUUGCAAUCAUGGAUUCCGCAGCAGCGUUGUCACGCCAGCCCCGCGUGUAUUGCACCGUAGAUG